CUCACAUUGACACUCACACUCACACGCGCAGGCCCCGCGGCCGCCGCUUCCCGGAGGCGGUGCUUGGCCCGGAUCCCGGCUGGGGCUGGGAAGGAGAGGACUUGGGUGAGGAGCUGCUGCCACCUGGGCUGGGCCAGGACCUGAGAUCUCCUUGCUACUGCUGCCGCUGCUGCCUGGGGGACCUUUCUGAGACCCAGGUCGGGGACAGUGCCGGAGGGGCCUCCUCUGCUGCAGACAUCUGGAACCAGGUGCAGAUGGGUCUCUUCCUUCCUGCCCCCAUCUCUCUCACUCCCGGCUCAGUGUGGCGCUCUCCAGUCUCCUGUGGGAAUCAUCUGAAGUUCUGAGCCCGGAAGCCAAGGAGGAAGACGAGGAGGAGGAGGAGGAGGAGGAGGAGGGAGAGGAAGUCAAGCCCUGAGAACCCUUGCACCUUCCUAGCAGGAGACAAGGAGCAACACUGCGGUGGGGAGCAGGCUGUGGGGCCCCCACCCCCAGCCUCAGCCAGGCGUAGUGCCUGCCGUAGCACCCUAGAAGACCCCCAGCAGUUGGCACUAGCUGUACCCACCUUGCCUGGGGCCCCCGUGCUGGGGGUCGCCCCCAAGAUGGUGGCGGCCCCAGGGAGGACUGUACUGCCAGCCCCAGCCUCUGGCCGCUAGGCAUCCCCUACCUUGCCCCGGCCCCUCACUCCGAGGCCAGCGCCAUGCUGCGCCUGGGGCUGUGCGCGGCGGUGCUGCUGUGCGUGUGCCGGCCGGGUGCCGUGCGUGCCGACUGCUGGCUCAUUGAGGGCGACAAGGGCUACGUGUGGCUGGCCAUCUGCAGCCAGAACCAGCCGCCCUACGAGACCAUCCCGCAGCACAUCAACAGCACCGUGCAUGACCUGCGGCUCAACGAGAACAAGCUGAAAGCUGUGCUCUACUCCUCGCUCAACCGCUUUGGGAACCUCACCGACCUCAACCUCACCAAGAACGAGAUCUCCUACAUCGAGGACGGUGCCUUCCUGGGCCAGUCGAGCCUGCAGGUCCUGCAGCUGGGCUACAACAAGCUCAGCAACCUGACGGAGGGCAUGCUGCGCGGCAUGAGCCGCCUGCAGUUCCUCUUUGUCCAGCACAACCUCAUCGAGGUGGUGACGCCCACCGCCUUCUCCGAGUGCCCGAGCCUCAUCAGCAUCGACCUGUCCUCCAACCGCCUCAGCCGCCUGGACGGCGCCACCUUUGCCAGCCUCGCCAGCCUGAUGGUGUGUGAGCUGGCCGGCAACCCCUUCAACUGUGAGUGCGACCUCUUCGGCUUCCUGGCCUGGCUCGUGGUCUUCAACAACGUCACCAAGAACUACGACCGCCUGCAGUGCGAGUCGCCGCGGGAGUUUGCCGGGUACCCGCUGCUGGUGCCCCGGCCCUACCACAGCCUCAACGCCAUCACCGUACUCCAGGCCAAGUGUCGGAACGGCUCGCUGCCCGCCCGGCCCGUGAGCCACCCCACGCCAUACUCCACCGACGCCCAGAGGGAGCCAGAUGAGAACUCGGGCUUCAACCCCGACGAGAUCCUUUCGGUGGAGCCGCCGGCCUCGUCCACCACGGAUGCGUCAGCAGGGCCAGCCAUCAAGCUGCACCACGUCACGUUCACCUCGGCCACCCUGGUGGUCAUCAUCCCACACCCCUACAGCAAGAUGUACAUCCUGGUGCAGUACAACAACAGCUACUUCUCCGACGUCAUGACCCUCAAGAACAAGAAGGAGAUCGUGACGCUGGACAAACUGCGGGCGCACACUGAGUACACCUUCUGCGUGACCUCGCUGCGCAAUAGCCGCCGCUUCAACCACACCUGCCUGACCUUCACCACGCGGGACCCCGUCCCCGGAGACUUGGCACCCAGCACCUCCACCACCACCCACUACAUCAUGACCAUCCUGGGCUGCCUCUUCGGCAUGGUUAUCGUGCUGGGAGCCGUGUACUACUGCCUGCGCAAGCGGCGCAUGCAGGAGGAGAAGCAGAAGUCUGUCAACGUCAAGAAGACCAUCCUGGAGAUGCGCUACGGGGCUGAUGUGGAUGCCGGCUCCAUUGUGCACGCUGCCCAGAAGCUGGGCGAGCCUCCCGUGCUGCCCGUGUCUCGCAUGGCCUCCAUCCCCUCCAUGAUCGGGGAGAAGCUGCCUACAGCCAAGGGGUUGGAGGCCGGGCUGGACACACCCAAGGUAGCCACCAAAGGCAACUAUAUCGAGGUGCGCACAGGCACCGGCGGGGACAGUCUGGCUCGGCCCGAGGAUGACCUCCCGGACCUCGAGAACGGCCAGGGCUCGGCUGCAGAGAUCUCCACCAUUGCCAAAGAGGUGGACAAGGUCAACCAGAUCAUUAACAACUGCAUUGAUGCUCUUAAGCUGGACUCGGCCUCUUUUCUGGGAGGCGGCAGCAGCAGUGGGGACCCCGAGCUGGCCUUCGAGUGCCAGUCCCUCCCUGCAGCUGCUGCCGCCUCCUCGGCCACUGCCCCCGGGGCCCUGGAGCGGCCCAGCUUCCUUUCGCCUCCCUACAAGGAGAGCUCCCACCACCCACUACAGCGCCAGCUGAGCGCCGACGCGGCCGUGACCCGCAAGACCUGCAGCGUGUCGUCUGGUGGUUCCAUCAAGAGCGCCAAGGUCUUUAGCCUGGACGUGCCUGACCAUCCGGCCGCCACAGGGCUGGCUAAGGGCGACUCCAAGUACAUCGAGAAGGGCAGCCCCCUCAACAGCCCGCUGGACCGGCUCCCGCUGGUGCCGGCGGGCAGCGGUGGGGGCAGCGGCGGGGGCGGGGGCAUCCACCACCUGGAAGUGAAGCCAGCCUACCACUGCAGCGAGCACCGGCACAGCUUUCCCGCCCUGUACUACGAGGAGGGUGCCGACAGCCUGAGCCAGCGCGUGUCCUUCCUCAAGCCGCUGACCCGCUCCAAGCGUGACUCCGCCUACUCGCAGCUCUCCCCCAGACACUACUACUCAGGGUACUCCUCCAGCCCCGAGUACUCAUCCGAGAGCACGCACAAGAUCUGGGAGCGCUUCCGGCCCUACAAGAAGCACCACCGGGAGGAGGUGUACAUGGCUGCCGGUCACGCCCUGCGCAAGAAGGUCCAGUUCGCCAAGGACGAGGAUCUGCAUGACAUCCUCGAUUACUGGAAGGGGGUCUCGGCCCAGCAGAAGCUGUGAUGCCCCCUUCCUCCCUGGUGAGGUCGGAGCCAGAGGGCUGGGGGCCUUUUUGGGGAAGGGUCCAGGCGGCCAGGGCGGGGAGCAGACUCGGGGGCCAAGGCCCAGGAGAGGACGCACAUGCAGACCCGCACGCACGCACGCACACACACACCUGACCACCACCCGACUGUGAACAAACCAACAUCCGACAAUAACGGACAGGAAAACAGAGACACAUUUUCCUUAAAGUUUACAAACUGAUACCGAAACCAGUCGUCUUUACUGUGCUGCCCAGGGACUCUGCUGGGGUGUGCAGGGCCGGGGGCCGGCAGGGGGAGGAAGGAAGCCAAGAGAGUGUGGGGCCUGGGGGUCUGGGGCUAGAAACAGGUGUGGGGACCAAGAAGGCUGGAGUAGAGAGGGACUGAAGCCCCUCUGGGGCAGGGAGAGGGUCCCCUCCCAAGCUGGGGGUCAAGUCACCUGCAGAUUUAGCAUUAGACAGACAUCAGGCAAUGUCUCCUUCCACUUUAGAGAGGGGGAAACUGAGGCCAAGAGAAGGGAGUUGACAACCCCAGGGUCACACAGCAGCUUAGCCUCAAGUCUCCCAACUUCCCAGCCCAGUGCUGUCCUGGAACCCCCCGCAGCCCCCUUGUGGACCCCUGCCCACCCUGUGCCCACCCCACAUCCCUUUCCGAAGCUGUGGUCCCUUGGGGCUGAGGGAUUUGAGAAUCAGGCAGGUGCUUUUUCUUCCUAGAAAGCCACAUGGCAGUGCCCCCAGAGCGUGCAGCUGUGAUUCAGAAUCCUGGGGGGCUUUUGCCCCCUAUGCUGGCACCCGGGAGAAGGGAGAGGGUCCUGUUGACGGGAAAGGAGCCGAGGCAGGGCGACAUUCCACCAGCCCACUUCAAGUGUCUUCCACGUGGCCUGGGAAGAGUGGGGUGUGUGGCGGGCAGGCCAGCUCCCAGGACAUCUCAGGUGCAGGCCCCCGGCCCCAGCUUCUCUGGUCCUCCGAGACCCCUGCUCACCGCAGAAGGGCAGCGGUGCACUGUGAUGCCUGGAGGGCUGCAGGGAGGAGCUGUCAUGGGGGACUUCCGGCCUGUCCCCAUGGCCUGUGUCCCCACCUGCCCGACCCCAUCGUGGGAUCUCGGCUCCUGUCUCAGCCACCCACCAGGGGAAGGAGGGCUUUCUCACCCACCCCCUCUGGGCUGCUUAUCCAGGCCUGGCCCCCUGGCUAGAGGGGCUCCCAUGUUUCCAUGGCAAUGGCCACUCCCCUCUUUCUGACCCCCCACCCAACAUCAAACAAAGCACAAACAGUGAGGCUCCCCACCCGAGAGAGGGUUGGGGAGCAGGCUGGGUUCGUGGUGCCCCACCCCCUCCCAGCCAGCCUCUGUCACCAUGGUAACCCUGUGCCUGGCAGUUGGUGCCCAGAGUGACCGUUGGGCUCCGGGGUUCUCUGUGUAGGCGGUGGCAGAGGGUGUUGAGGGUGGUGAGGGAGGGCCGGGCUGGCAGCAGCUCCUGGGGCCAGCUCUUUUGGGAGGCAAAUCUGGGGUCCUGAGACUGGGGUCUUGACCAGUCAGGAUGCUGAUGGGCCGGAGUCCAUCAUCCUUCACCUCUGGGUGGGAGCUGGCCCAGCGGGGUGUGGGGAUGCCUCUACUAGCAGCUUUGCCCGCCUAGCGACAUGUCUCUUGGCUCCCACCCACCUCAGCUUGGGGGGCCUCGGCUCUCCCCACGCCCCUGCCAGAGACUCCCAGUCUAGGGCCUGUGGCCCACAUGGGUUUCCUGGGAUUUGGGGAGUGUGACUGAGGGGUGAGGGCAGGCACGGGAAUGGGUCCAAGACCAGCACUGUUGGUGGGCAGGGGCUCUGACCAGGAAAGCUAGUGCCAUCCCCUGGGGACCCCAACGACCUUCCUGCUGGGGGCAGGGGGUGGGGGAGGACAGCAGAGGGCUAGGAGGCUCGGGCUCAGCUAAGUACCUCUCUCACACGAACUUUGGGGUUAACGAAGCCCAGGGCUCACUUUGAGGGUGACAUUUGCAAGAAAAGACUGUUCUCCCCGGGCGAGGAGGGGAGGGGGCGGCAUGGAUACGCGGAGCAGACCUCCCUCCCCCGGCCCCCAAAACCUGCCCUCCAACCCCUCCUCACACCCAGUCGGCACAACUGAGAAAAGCAAGCAGGCAGAGAAGCCAGGGUUGUGAGGAAGCAGACUCCCUGUUAUAUUUGCAUGAUGAUUUUACUGUAUUUUUCUGAGCAAACAUCUGUCGUGUAUGUGCCAGUUUGUCCAGACUCCCCUGCCCCCUCUCUGAUGCCCUGCUUUCCCACAUUCUGUCUGUUGUGAUCUGACGAGCAGCUCUUGAAACCCAGGGAGGGGUCAGCUCUGCAAAAACAGACCCAAAACAGGUGCCACCAAGACACAGCCCUGCCCCACACCCAUCUCCUGUGCAUCUGAGCAUUGGUCCCAAGUGCCACCUCCCUUCCUUCCUCCCUCUCUCCACUGCCAUCUGCUUUUCCCAAGUUCCUUCCCCUCCUCCAUGCCAGGGAGGGCAGCCCCAGGGAAGCCUCCUCAAGGGCUCAUGUCCCGGUGGAAGGGACUGUCCGUCCGUCCCGCUUGUUCCCGUUUUGCAGAUGAGGAAAUCAGGGCUCCCAGACGGGGGCCUGGUGACUUGGCUGGCCAGCUGGGGUGGAGGAUCAGUCACACUACUGAGUAUAGGAGGCCAGGAGCUUGGGGCUUCGUGGGGGUCUUCAUGGAGAGGGUGGGGGCUUUGAGAAAGGAACCCAUGUGAAGAAGCAGCACGCCUGGGCUGGGCCCCAGCGAGGGUUCCCGGCAGCAGGAGUUAGGGGCCUGUGCUUGCCAUUUCCCCAUCCUUUUUGUGUGAAGAUACUUAUCAGACCUCAGACUCCCUGACUGCAGGGACAGGGGCCCUUCCAAAGAGCAGGACUCUGAUGAUCCAGGAGGGGAACUGGCCUUGAAGACCCAGUUCAUGUGGUUCUUUGUGAGGCAGAGCAGGGUCUAAGACUCGGAUCUCUGGCCUCCCAGCCAGGCCAGAGCCCCAACUGCUCAGCUUGGGGAGAGCCCACCGGAGGCUGGCCUGCAUCUGUGUCCCACGUCCUGUUCAGGGUGAGUUCUUCCCAUGCGGGAGGGAAGUACUCACAAAACGCUGCCAUCCAAGGUCUGGGUUUGUGAUGGUGAUGAGCAUGGUGGAACUGGGCUGUGGUCUGGGGCAGGCCAGCAGGGCAGACACCAGGAGAAGAGGGCAGGGGGGCCGCAGGGAGGGAGGGGAGAUGGGGGCCCGGUGGAGUGAGGGAUGUGUGGGUGCCAUGCCCUGGACCUCUGCGGGGAGGCCUCCUGCCUUGGGCCCGAACGAGGUCACACCUGGGCUUGCCUGCCUCUGUUGGAGAAUCUCCUCUGAAGCUGUUUCUGGGAAGUAGCACAAUGGGUCUGCUCCUUCCUGGAGGGCACAGCAGGUGCAGCUAACCCUCUGUUGGAGCCUAUGGCCCUCCAGUAGCAAAACACAGAGGUCUGGCAGGAAGACAAGAAAGCCUGGUUGGUGGGGAAACCUCCUCAUGGGUCCCAGCCUUGCUUCUCCCCGCGGCAGGAGCAGUCUCUCUCUGCCCACCAAAGAUCCCUGACCUGGGCUUCCCUCCUGGGGCAGUGCAGGAGGCAUGUGGGGGCAGCCUGUGUCCAGGCUGGGGAGCCCGUGUCUGGGUAGGUCUGGGAAAAGGGCUGUCAGGGGAGCGAGGAGGGUGGGAGUAAAAAGACCCACUUGGGAAGGCCAGGCCUGGAUCGCCCCCGGGAGGCAGCUGGGGCAGCAGCAGUGGGGAGUGUCAGGCUGGCCGAGAGUCACCCAUGUUCUCAAAUGGAAGUUGGUCGCCUGCCCCACUCCCUCCUGGAAAUGUCACAGAGGGUGGAACAGAAGUGCAGAGAAGGAAAGAAGAGGAAAGGAAACCUAGAGUCGAGAAACUUGUUAGUGACAGUGCUAGGGCCGGGAUGGCAUCAGGAAUGAAGGACAACAGUGACAGGUCCCAGCUUAUAAGGGGCCUAAGUGCAGGGAAGGGAUAAACACAAUGCUCCCUAGUGACUGGGGCCUUGCAGAAAAUAAAAUAGGGUGAUGGGGUGGGGAGGGGAAAGGCUGGUCAGGGAGCAUCCCUUGUGGGAUGGGGGGACAGGCAGCCAAGCUCUGAAUGACAAGAGGAGCCAGAAGGGUGGGUGGGUGGGUGGGUGUGAACACGAGACUAGAGGGAAUGGGGUUGCAGUGGCUGCCUGUCCCCCAGGCACCGCCUCUGUCCCCUACUACUCUGCCCCUGCCCAUUCCUGGCCCAGCAGAGCCCCCUUUCCCUGAGUGUGGAUGGACGGCUCCAAGCUGUCGGGGAGCCCAGGGAAGCUCGGCCCUGAGGGGCUUACUUUGCCCGUGGAAGCCAGUGUGAAGGUUAGGGCAGCCUUGCCUGGCGCCAUUGCCACCUCUCCUGUCUGACAAGGUGGCUGAGCCCCAGGAGAGGGGACCUCCUCUAACUCUCAUGCUCAGAUUCCAUCCUGGCACACUCCUUCCCUGACCCUGGGUCUCCCACUUCCCACCUCUAAGACAAAACCAGGGUCCAUACUGCUUGCCUCCAGAGGCGGCUUCAGGCCUCACUAAAGGUCAGGCAGUCCUGCUGAGCAGGAAGGAGAGGAAGGGGGUCCUGUAGGGUGGGCAGGAUGGUCUGGGCCUGCUCCUCCUUCCUCCUGCCCCUCUGCCACUCCACACUCCACCACAGGGCUGGGACAGGGGCUUGGAGUUCCUGCAGUGGUGGCCACACUUCCCUCCCUCCCUCCCUCCCUCCCUCAGGAGCCGCCAGUCCCCAAGUUGGCUGUGGUUGGGCACCUGGUUUGGGUCCUGCAGAGCUGGGCUCAGGCCCUGGGCUCUGAACCUGUGAACCCUCGCUGUGUUACGAACCUUUCCUUCCUCUGAGGGCCUUGAACCCUCUCCUUUUCUUCUUUUGGGGGUGGGGGUUAACUUUAUUUUCUCUUCCCUAUAUCUGCCUCUCCCUCCCCUCAAUUUCCUGUUUUAAAACUGAAUGGCACGAAAUUGUUUUCCUCAACUCGGAGAUUCCUGUAUGGAGAGAAUCAAUUUCUAUAUUUGCAAUAAAUUUCUUAUUUAAAGCUA